UAUGUGACUGAGUAAAUAGGAGGAAGACUCUGAGUUGGAGCUGAGGCUGUAAAUUGGCCACUCUGCAGUCCUGGCAUAACAAGGUUCAAAGACGAAAGGACCCUUGGAGACCAUCUGAUCUAACCUUUUCAUCCUAUAAAAAAGGAAACAAAAGCUCUGAUUUUUCCAAGUCACACAGCCAGGAAGGAGAAGAAUUUGAUUCACAUCAUCAUCUUUUGAAUUCGAUUCCAGUGAUCUUUCUUUCACACUUAAGCUGUGACUAAAUGGGGACAAAAAAGACCAUGCAGGUGACCUCAAAGUUCCAUAUUAUUGGGACAAUAUCUAUGAUUUGGCUCCUGGCUGUAGCUUUCAUGCUCUUCCUAAGGCCUGUCAUUCUCCCUCCAGUCCUGAAUUUGGGGUUAGAAAAGGAAGAGGUUGUAAUAUAUGGACCAUGGGAUAAUGAGAGGUUUGCUGAGGAGGGCCAGCCAAAUGAAGGAGAGCUGGAAGAGGAAGCGGUAAAAGAAGAGGCCUGGAGCUACAAUGACUCAUGCAAGUUUAACCUUGUGGAGAGCAUUCCUCAGGAUCUGCCUUACAUAUCUGUCCGCUCAGCAGCCCAGCCCCUGAUUCAGUCCUGGAUGGAGCUUCUGGAUUCUGCACAGGAGAGUGUACAUAUCGCAUCUUACUACUGGUCUCUCACGGGAUCUGACAUUGGGACCAACGAUUCUUCUUCCCAGCCGGGGGAAGAACUGUUGGCAAAAUUGGAGACUCUGUUGGCCCGGAAUGUCUCUUUGACUGUUGCAACAAGCGACCCAACACUGGCCGUGAAUUCUACUGACUUGGAGGUUCUCAUGAGCAAAGGAGCACAAGUGAGGAAGAUCCCAAUGAAGUACUUGACCCAUGGUGUCCUGCACUCCAAGUUCUGGAUUGUGGACAUGAAGCAUGUGUACCUGGGCAGUGCCAACAUGGACUGGCGGUCCCUGACUCAGGUGAAAGAACUUGGCGUUGUCAUCUAUAACUGCAGCUCCCUUGCAUACGACCUUGAGAAGACAUUUCAGACAUAUUGGGUCCUGGGGAUCCCUGGGGCCACCAUCCCAAAACCCUGGCCCCAGAACUACUCCACAAACAUCAAUUGGCAUCAUCCCCUACAGGAAACAUUUGAUAAGAUGGUCACUACUGCCUAUUUCUCUGCUUCACCACCUAUACUCUGCCCUAGAGGCCGGACCAAGGACCUAGAGGCUCUGCUAAGUGUGAUUUGGGGUGCUGAGAAGUUCCUUUAUGUUUCAGUAAUGGAAUAUUUCCCCACCAGUCGCUUCGAACACCCAGUCAAAUAUUGGCCAGUCAUCGACAAUGCUCUGAGGGAGGCAGCCUUCAACCGGCAUGUGCUAAUCCAUCUUCUCAUCAGCUGUGGGAAGAACUCGGACCCCUCCAUGUUCCCAUACCUGAAGUCACUACAGGCUCUCACUAACCCCCAGACCAAUAUUACUAUAGAAGUGAAAAUAUUCAUCAUCCCUGUGGGAAAUCACUCCAACAUCCCCUACAGCAGAGUGAGUCACAGCAAGUAUGCAGUUACAGAGAAGAAGGCCUACCUGGGAACAUCUAAUUGGUCUAAGGAUUAUUUCACCAACACAGCUGGUGUAGGACUGGUCAUCAACCAAAGUUCCUCUGAUCCCCAGCACUCAGUUCCCACCAUUCAAGACAACCUGAAAAGUAUCUUUGAGCGGGAUUGGCAGUCCCCAUAUGCUGUCAGUCUGGAAGAACUUCCUGGCCAACAGGACUGUGUCUGGCAUGCCUGAAACUAGAGUCUCCAGUCUCCCUCCUCUCUUCCCUUUUCUCUUUUCCUCUUUGUUUUCUCCCCUCCCUUCUGCCUCUCUAGGACUCAGGUUUCUAAUUAAUAAAAUGAGAUGAUUGAAUUAGAUUAUUUUAGGACCCUUCUAACUCUGAAUUUUGUGAUCAUUCUCUCUUUCUUUUCUCCCUUUCCCUC